CAUCGCAGCGGGACUCGGGAAGAAUGCCAACCCAACCAACCUCUCUCUCUCUCCCGCCCCUUCUCGCUCUUUCUCUCUAUUUCUCCCUCCUUCUCUCACCUUCGCAAGAGCCAUUGAGGAAGCGAGCUCUGCCUCUCCGCAGCUGUUCCCCAAAGGAAAUCGGUCGUGGAUAUGUCAUGCUUCCUGUGAUAGUCUCGACUUUAUCCAGUUCACACCUUGGUUCUGAAGUCGGAUUGCAUCGGGAGCGCCAAUAGCAUCAAUCGUAAUGUGCCGAUGAGGUAGCAGCGAGAAUUUGUGGACGGGAUGCAGGAAGAUGGAUAACGAGCAGCCAGAUCAGGAGUUGGUGAAGUGCGUUGUGGUCGGUGAUACGGCUGUGGGGAAAACGAGGCUCAUCUGCGCUCGGGCAUGCAAUCAAAGGGUCUCGCUGCCUCAGCUUCUCACCAAACAUGUCCCUACUGUUUGGGCCAUCGAUCAGUACCGCAUCUGCAAAGAGGUGCUGGAAAGGUCGAGGGAGAUCGUUGAUGGAGUUAACGUUACGCUUCGACUCUGGGAUACGUUCGGCGAUCACGACAAGGAUAGACGAUUCGCCUAUGGAAGGUCAGAUGUUGUCCUCCUGUGCUUUUCGAUCGCCAACCCUGCUUCCCUCAAGAAUUGUGCUGUGAUAUGGUAUCCAGAGAUCCGAAAAUUUUGUCCCAAUACUCCCGUUGUUUUGGUGGGGUGCAAAAAUGACACCAGAUUCCUCUAUAUGGAUGAAGACUACCUUCGCUUCUGUAGAGGGAGAAGCCCGUUCAUCAGACCGGUGACAGAAGACGACAUCGUCAUGCCCGAUGAAGGCAAAAGAGUUGCGCAGGAGUUAGGGAUCCCUUACUACGAAUCAAGCGUUCUCACUUACUAUGGAGUAAACGAAGUUUUCGAGAAUGCCAUUCGGGCUGCGUUGUAUGCCAGGAGAAGCACUCGAUUUCGAGCAGUUGGUCUCAAGAGGGUUCAACGUCCUUUAUUACAGGUCCCGUUUUGCCCUCCAAAGCCACCUGUCCCAGAGAUCACGAUCCCACCCAGCUGUCUUCAAUUCGACCUGGAGACGUUGUUUCGUAGCCAGGCCUACACAGAUCUCAUCCUUUUGACAGGGAGUGUCGGAUUCUCAGCCCAUCGGUUCCUAUUGACAGCUGCGUGGCCUGCUCUCGCCAAGAUACUUCUCUUCGACUUCAGUGUCGGCCUCAUUCCCAGCCCUAUCCCUCAUAGGAGACUGUCGGAAACUCCCUCCGUCGUGAGCUCGACAGGGGGAGAAUCAACAGAAUUCAAUCAGGACACAGAGAGCCUCCUCCCGAGUGAUUCGGAUGCCUCUGAAUCUUCAAGUUCCCAAAGUUGCCGCCUCGUGUGUUUCACGAAUCGAGCGUUGGUGAAGGAGACGCCAUCGAGGCAACUAGGCUGUCACGGAAUUCCAGGUCGAAGGCUUCUGCAUGAAAGGGAAGAAGGCUUCUACUGCCACAUCUCCCACCCCGGAUUUCAGUCAGUCCGCAUCGAGAAGUGCGAAGGACUGGAUAAUCAAGGGAAGACGAUCUCGUCGGUGCAAACGAUCGUAUCGUUGAAUCCCCACAUGUCAGACCAGGCCGUGGCCUCGUGCCUGCAUUUCCUCUACACUGGCCAUUUGGAUGGCUGCCAGUAUGACAUGGAGGAAUUGAAGGAAGCGGCGGAUUGCCUGGAAAUCCCGCAACUAUCCAUCUAUCUGCGGAAUAUGUGCGAACAGGAAGAGUAUCUCAAUCCCGACAUUACCGACCGAUUUAGACAGAAUCUAUGCUUGAGACUCCAGUCACUUUGUCUGGGAGAAGGGACGUUUUCGGAUGUCCUGUUCGAGCUGGAAGGGGGGAUCUGCCAAGCACACCGACCUCUUCUCAUGGCGCGAUGUGACGUCAUGGCCGCCAUGUUUCGAGGGGACUUCAGAGAAAGCAGCGCCAAAGUGGUUUCAUUCCCCGGGGUAAUGCACUCCACAUUCCGCCAGCUCCUCCAUUAUUUGUACACGGACACUCUACCUCAUGGAAUCUUAGACACAGACUGGUUGCCCCUCAUCGAGCUGGCCAAUCGGCUCUGUCUCCCUCGUCUCGUGACCAUCGUCGAGCAGUCUGUCAUCUUGGAUCUCGGGCAAGAGAGCAUGUUCCACGUCCUACCUCUCACCCUGCAGCUUCUCGAACCCUGCCAGAUGCAUAAUGCAGAUCAACUGACCGAUUGGAUCCUCAGCUACCUUACCACCCAUUAUAACGAGGCGUGCAGGGAAUGUCAGAAGUUACUCCGGAAUCUUCAUCCAGAAAACCAGGCCUAUCUAAAUAAACAACGAUGGCCACCAGUCUGGUAUUUGAAGGAUUAUGACGCUUACGAUCGCUCCUUGACGGACCGCAUGAGAGAGGAGAAGCCGAUAAAGCCACUGAAACGCAGUAGAAACAACAGCGGGUGCCUCUGCUUCAGCGGGAAAUUCCGUCGAAAUUCUUGA